GGACCAGACGCAGGCGCCGGAGGGGUGGCGGGUCGGGCCCCAGCCGCCCUGGGCGGCGGUGCGCGGGCGCGCGGCGCGGGUGUCUCCCUGCAGAGCGCCUGGGGCCACGUGGGCCCUCCCGGAGGCUGGGGCAGAGAGAGCCACCGGGGCCGCUAGACCCUGGGCUCGGCUCGCCCCAGACGCCUAAGGACAGGGUCCUGGGCCCACGUCACCGGGCGUGGGGCAUGUCGAUUGGGCAGAAGUUUAAAUGCCCAGGGAGGAAGGGGACUGCCCGGGACGGGACCGCGCAGCCCCGCCUACGACCCAGAAGUGCCUUCAGUUCAGACUCCUCUCCUCUAUUUUGCGGAUGAGCAUCGAUCCCGAGUCCCGGGGUCGAAGUUUGUGCUUGGAGCCUCGCUUCGGUCAAGAGUGCAGAGAAAGCUGCCCUGCUUCAUCUGGGCCGUCGGUCCACCUGUCCACGGAGCUGAGGCUUCCCCACUGUGCAUCUGAACAGCGAGGAACGGGCAGGAACAUGCUCUAGGCACCUUCCAGUGAGCCGCAGGAAGCCGCAGGCCCAGCCCAGAUCUGAAGCCACCUGUCCACCAUGGCCUCAGCUGAUAAGAAUGGAGGGAGUCUCUCUUCUGCAUCCGGCAGCCGCCUGCAGAGCCGGAAGCCACCCAACCUGUCCAUUACCAUCCCACCGCCUGAGGCCCAGGCCCCCAGUGAGCAGGACAGCAUGCUGCCUGAGAGGCCCAAGAACCCACCCUACGUGAAGAGCGUCAGCCUUCAGGAACCCCGGGCACGAUGGCAGGACAGCGCGGAGAAGCGCCCUGGCUUCCGCCGCCAGGCCUCCCUGUCCCAGAGCAUCCGCAAGGGCGCAGCCCAGUGGUUCGGGGUCAGUGGCGACUGGGAGGGCAAACGGCAGCACUGGCAGCGCCGCAGCCUGCACCACUGCAGCGUGCGCUACGGCCGGCUCAAGGCCUCCUGCCAGAGGGACCUGGAGCUCCCCAGCCAGGAGGUGCCGUCCUUCCAGGGCACCGAGUCACCGAAGCCCUGCAAGAUGCCCAAGAUCGUGGACCCGCUGGCCCGGGGCCGGGCCUUCCGCCACCCAGAUGAGGUGGACCGGCCCCACGCCCCCCACCCACCGCUGACCCCGGGAGUCCUGUCCCUCACCUCCUUCACCAGCGUCCGCUCUGGCUACUCCCACCUGCCCCGCCGCAAGAGGAUGUCGGUGGCCCACAUGAGCUUCCAGGCUGCCGCGGCCCUCCUCAAGGGGCGCUCUGUGCUGGAUGCCACUGGACAGCGGUGCCGGGUGAUCAAACGCAGCUUUGCCUAUCCCAGCUUCCUGGAGGAGGAUGCAGUCGAUGGGGCAGACACCUUCGACUCCUCCUUCUUUAGUAAGGAAGAAAUGAGCUCCAUGCCCGAUGACGUGUUUGAGUCUCCCCCACUCUCGGCCAGCUACUUCCGAGGGAUCCCACAGUCGGCCUCCCCCGUCACCCCCGAUGGGGUGCAGAUCCCUCUGAAGGAGUGUGGCCGAGCCCCAGUUGUGGCCCCCAGGCGUGGCAAGCGCAUCGCGUCCAAAGUGAAGCACUUCGCCUUUGACCGGAAGAAGCGGCACUACGGCCUGGGCGUGGUGGGCAGCUGGCUGAACCGCAGCUACCGCCGCAGCAUCAGCAGCACGGUGCAGCGGCAGCUGGAGAGCUUCGACAGCCACCGGCCCUACUUCACCUACUGGCUGACCUUCGUCCACAUCAUCAUCACGCUGCUGGUGAUUUGCACCUAUGGCAUUGCGCCUGUGGGCUUUGCCCAGCACAUCACCACCCAGCUGGUGCUGAGGAACAAAGGUGUGUACGAGAGCGUGAAGUACAUCCAGCAGGAGAACUUCUGGGUCGGGCCCAGCUCGAUUGACCUGAUUCACCUGGGAGCCAAGUUCUCGCCCUGCAUCCGGAAGGACCGGCAGAUCGAGCAGCUGGUGCUGCGAGAGCGAGACCUGGAGCGGGACUCGGGCUGCUGCGUCCAAAAUGACCAUUCGGGCUGCAUCCAGACCCAGAGGAAGGACUGCUCGGAGACUCUGGCCACUUUUGUCAAGUGGCAAGAUGAUACUGGGCCCCCCAUGGACAAGUCUGAUCUGGGCCAGAAGCGGACAUCAGGGGCUGUGUGCCACCAGGACCCCAGGACCUGUGAGGAGCCAGCUUCCAGUGGUGCCCACAUCUGGCCUGAUGACAUCACCUUGUGGCCGAUCUGCACGGAGCAGGCCAGGAGCAACCACACAGGCUUUCUCCACGUGGACUGCCAGAUCAAGGGCCGCCCCUGCUGCAUCGGCACCAAGGGCAGCUGUGAGAUCACCACUCGCGAGUACUGUGAGUUCAUGCACGGCUAUUUUCAUGAAGAGGCGACGCUCUGUUCCCAGGUGCACUGCUUGGACAAGGUGUGUGGGCUGCUGCCCUUCCUCAACCCCGAGGUCCCUGACCAGUUCUACAGGCUCUGGCUGUCUCUGUUCCUCCAUGCUGGGGUGGUGCACUGCCUCGUGUCUGUGGUCUUCCAAAUGACCAUCCUGCGGGACCUGGAGAAGCUGGCUGGCUGGCACCGGAUCGCCAUCAUUUUCAUCCUCAGUGGCAUCACAGGCAACCUCGCCAGUGCCAUCUUCCUCCCGUACCGGGCAGAGGGUGAAAGUGACCGGUCAGCCCUUGCGGGAGUGGGUCCUUGGGCUGCGCCCCCUGCCUGGCUCCGGGUGACGAGCCUCUGGCCUGCCCAGGUGGGCCCGGCCGGGUCGCAGUUCGGCCUCCUGGCCUGCCUCUUCGUGGAGCUCUUCCAGAGCUGGCAGCUGCUGGAGCGGCCCUGGAGGGCCUUCCUCAACCUCUCGGCCGUCGUGCUCUUCCUCUUCGUCUGCGGCCUCCUGCCCUGGAUCGACAACAUCGCCCACAUCUUCGGCUUCCUCAGCGGCAUGCUGCUGGCCUUCGCCUUCCUGCCCUACAUCACCUUCGGCACCAGCGACAAGUACCGCAAGCGGGCGCUGAUCCUGGUGUCGCUGCUGGUCUUCGCCGGCCUCUUCGCCUCCCUGGUCCUCUGGCUCUACAUCUACCCCAUCAACUGGCCCUGGAUCGAGUACCUCACCUGCUUCCCCUUCACCAGCCGCUUCUGUGAGAAGUACGAGCUGGACCAGGUGCUGCACUGACCCCGGCCCAGCAGGCCUGGGCGCACCUGCCACCCGCUGGGCACUGACAACAGGGGCUGCAGAGUCCUGGGGUCACUGGGCCCGGGGCCCACUCCACCCGGCAAGGUGGCUGUGUGGACAGUCGGCAAAGGCAAGCUUCCUGGGAGGGAGACCCUCGUUUCUCAGGCCUGUGUUCUUGGCCAGGGCUCAGGGACACCCAGGACACCUGUUUCUCCAAGGUUCAGACCCCAGCUUCCUCCCCACUCCCUGCUGUAGGGUCUACAUGCUCGCCCAGAGCCCAGGGCCUUCUCCCCAGGGUCAGUGUGCAGUGCCCUCCCGGGACAUGUGGCUGCUCCCUAUUGUCCCCAGGGCUGGGGGCCCCACCACAGCCCCCCUUCCUGUUUCUCCCUGCUCCCUGUCCUGAGCCUGUCACAAGGCUCCUGGGUUAGGAGGGGCUUUAGCUGUCGUGUGGGGCAGAGAACAAGCAGACGCAAGUAGAUGGGGCCCCAGGAUACUCUGCUUGUUCUCGGCAACAGGCUGGACCCCAACCCGCCCCCUAGCCCACGCUCCACUUCCACAUGCUGCCCUGCAGGUUGGUUCUGAUGACAGGUGUCCCUGCUGCUGCCGGGCUCCUGAGUAGGGGUGGGGCUGAGCCACCACAAAGGCCACCUCCCAGGGCUCGCUCAGGUCUGUUUUAUUGUUUUUUGUUUUGUUUUGUUUUGUUUUGUUUUUACCAAUUUAUAUUAUGGUCCUAAUUUUUAAAAGUAACGCUAACUUUAUAUGGAUGAUGUCUCAAAAGUAUUAAAUGAAACUCUUC